GACUCAAAGCCCGGCCGUGAUCCGUGGCUGCAGCUCUCGUCUCUCAGCCCCAAGGGUCCAUGGAUUGCGGCGUGAUCACCUCCAAGACCGUGCUGCUGCUGCUGAGCCUCGCCUUCUGGGCAGCAGCAGCAGGUCUCAGCUAUGUUGGGGCAUACGUGGUUAACACCUACAAGAACUAUGACAACUUUCUGCAGGACAAGUACGCUCUGUUGCCAGCUGCCAUCAUUAUUUGCAUUGCUGUGGUGAUGUUCAUCAUUGGGUUGAUCGGCUGCUGUUCCACCUUUCGGGAGUCUCGAGUUGGCCUAGGGCUGUUCUUUGCCAUUAUCAUGGUUAUCUUUGUUGCAGAAGUAUCUGCUUUUGUCCUGGGAUUUGUUUACAGGGAAAGGGUAAAAAAUGAUGUGCAAAGCACAAUGCACUCAGUCUUUGAGCAGUAUGAUGGGAAAAAUCCAGAGUCUAGUGUUGUGAACUACUUGCAAGAACAGCUUCAUUGUUGUGGAGUAAAGAACUACAGUGACUGGACAACCACACAGUGGUAUAAUUCCACCAGCAACAACAGUGUCCCUCUGAGCUGCUGUAGGCAAGAGAUGGUGAAGAACUGCACAGGGAGUCUGGAUCAGCCCCAAGAACUCAAUACACAGGGCUGUGCAGAGUUGCUGGAGUCUGGGCUGCAGAGUGUUAUCAGCUAUGCCAUGCUUGUAAUCCUGGGGUUUGCUAUUGUGAAGUUCUUUGGCAUGAUGAGCGUCUGCGUGCUUACUUGCAAGAGAGAAGACAGUGGAUAUCAGCCUCUCUACUCGGGGAUGUUUUCUUAAUAAAAUGAAAAGAUCACUUGUUUUUCUUCCUGAUGAUACAAGAGACUCGUAAAGAUGAAUGCUAAAGGAUAAUUUAUGACCUUCUUGCUAAAUAGUUUGGUUUACAUAUAUGAAACACAAAGAACACUCUGUAUUGACUUGGGAAAAUCUUUUGCAAGUGAUGUCAAUUGGCAAUUUCAGUCUUCAUUGCCCUACAGUAACAUACCCUGAUCUUGCAUACCACAGCUUUGCAAGGCUACUGUAGAUUUGGAUUUGUGGCUUUAGACAGCACUAGACAGUGUAACAGACUGCUGAAAUAGUUUUUCUUCUGCAGUUUUUUCAUCUACUCUUGAAACAUGCAGACGAAACAUACCUGAGAUGGCAGGAUGGGCUUCAGUUAACUAUACACACAUCAGAUGAUUCCAAUGGUGGUGUUAAACAGAAACUUCUGAAUACGAGGUUCAAAUACUCUGCAUGAGCAUGGGGAUUUAGAAUGUUUUCUUUCUAUUUUAUGGCAAUGUUUGCUUUUUCCCGCCUCCAAGGGCAUGUAUUAGUGCAAGACAAUCUGUGCUUAAAGUCUAGAAUGGAUAUUUGAAUUUAUUUUGAAGCAGCUAGCAAAUGUGAACAACUCCAAGCUAGGAAGCAAAGGGUGUUUUUGAGCUUUUGGGCUCAGGAAAUCUCCUGGCUUUUUUUUUGUCUCUUUUUAAUGAAUAUGUUAUUUGAUAUAAAAAAUUGUUCAUAAAGCAGGGCUUUUUAAAAUUCUUUUUCUCUAUUUACUGAUGCUGUUAUGGUUUUUCUACACAAAGACAGAUUAUGUCUCUCUCUUUAAUGUGGAAGUUGCAGGAGUUAUUGAAUGAAUGUUGGAAGAUGGGAGUCACGGGAUGUGUCAUCUCAGCAUGGUUGUAUACCAGACAGGACUGCUAGAGGGUUUAGUGCAGCUGUUCCUGUGUUGCUGAAGGUCUGACCACUAAAAAUAUUGUGGUGUCGUUCUUGUACUGAGCAACUUUAGUAGCCCAUUGUCUGGCAGCAUCAUGCGACUCCUCGUUUGCUAGUUUGGCUUUAUUAGAGGUCUACAGCCUUGCAGUCACUCCUUGGAUUGCAUCACUGCUUCAAAAAUGGCCUUUUUUAGCUCAUUUGUAUCUUCAUCUGUUUCUCGGUUCUUGAAGAGGUUUUGGGUGUUUAGAGUUGAGGAGGGAGGGGAACAUAGGAGCUAUCUGUUAGCAAGUUGUGGAAAAACAAGAUUUUGCUUUUUUUUUUCUUCCUUUGGAGAUAUUAGCAGCCUAUCCUUAGCAAUAAGCCUUUGUGUUUGUAGCAAAUUAGGACAAAGGAGUUUAAGGUAGAUUUAAGCCGUUUCUCUUCGUGUUUUUUCCAGGGGGGGGGAAAAAACCGAGUGAGUGACGGCUUUAUAGGAGACAUAGAUGUUGAACAGUGCCUUCAUUUUCACCGAGGCUUUGUCUCCUGUUGAAUGCCGAAAUAAACUGAAUUUGCGUAACCCAUCAAUAA